GAUCCUUCUCAGCGGCGGAAGUUCCGGCGUCCGUAAGUGGAGGUCAGAGGUCAGCAGGAAGUCGAUACGUGGCCGCCGCCUGUCCCCGCUGAGGAGGCGCAGCAGCCGGAGAUGGCGGCGGUGCUGAACGCAGAGCGACUCGAGGUCUCCGUUGACGGCCUCACGCUGAGCCCGGACCCGGAGGAGCGGCCCGGCGCAGAGGGCGCCCCGCUGCUGCCGCCACCGCUGCCGCCGCCCUCGCCGCCGGGGGCAGGCUGGGGACCGGGCGCCGCCGGGGAGCAGCCGGAGCUAGGGGAGGCGGCGGCCGGGGGCGCGGCGGAGGAGGCGCGGCAGCUGGAGCAGCGCUGGGGCUUCGGCCUGGAGGAGCUGUACGGCCUGGCGCUGCGCUUCUUCAAAGAAAAAGAUGGCAAAGCCUUUCAUCCAACUUAUGAGGAAAAACUGAAGCUUGUGGCACUGCAUAAGCAGGUUCUUAUGGGUCCAUAUAAUCCAGACACUUGUCCUGAGGUUGGAUUCUUUGAUGUGUUGGGGAAUGACAGGAGGAGAGAAUGGGCAGCCCUGGGGAGCAUGUCUAGGGAGGAGGCCAUGCUAGAAUUUGUCAAGCUCCUACAUCGCUGUUGCCAUCUCUUUUCAACGUACGUCGCAUCCCACAAAAUAGAAAAGGAAGAGCAAGAAAAGAAAAGGAAAGAGGAGGAGGAGCGGCGGCGGCGUGAAGAGGAGGAGAGGGAGCGUCUGCAGAAGGAGGAGGAGAAGCGCAGGAGAGAGGAGGAGGAGAGGCUGAGGCAGGAGGAAGAGGAGAGGAGGCGAAUAGAAGAGGAGAGGCUUCGGCUGGAGCAGCAGAAGCAGCAGAUCAUGGCAGCCUUGAACUCGCAGACGGCUGCGCAGUUCCAGCAGUACGCCGCGCAGCAGUACCCCGGCAACUUCGAGCAGCAGCAGCUCCUCAUCCGGCAGCUGCAGGAGCAGCAUUACCAGCAGUACAUGCAGCAGCUCUACCAGGUGCAACUGGCCCAGCAGCAGGCGGCCUUACAGAAACAGCAGGAAGUAGCAGUCGCCGGGACUUCUUUGCCCGCGUCGUCCUCAAAAGUGAACGCAGCGGCUCCAGGCGAUAGGAUGCCAGUCAACGGACAGGCCAGAACUCACACUGACAACCCAGAAAAAGAAGUUGAACCAGAAGCUGCAGAAGCAGCUGUGGAGAAUGGACCAAAAGACUCUCUUCCAGUAAUAGCAGCUCCAUCCAUGUGGACACGUCCCCAGAUCAAAGACUUUAAAGAGAAGAUUCGGCAGGAUGCAGACUCCGUGAUUACAGUGGGCCGAGGAGAAGUGGUCACUGUCCGAGUCCCCACCCACGAAGAAGGAUCAUACCUCUUUUGGGAAUUUGCUACAGACAAUUAUGACAUUGGAUUUGGGGUGUACUUUGAAUGGACAGACUCUCCGAACACUGCUGUCAGCGUGCAUGUCAGCGAGUCCAGUGAUGACGACGAGGAGGAGGAAGGUAGAGCCAGUGAAAAUGUCAGUAGUGAAGAGAAAGCCAAACAGCACGCCGCCAAGCCUCUGCUGGACGAGAUCGUGCCUGUUUACCGGCGGGACUGCCAUGAAGAAGUGUACGCCGGCAGCCACCAGUACCCAGGGAGAGGGGUCUACCUCCUCAAGUUCGACAACUCCUACUCUUUGUGGAGGUCAAAGUCCGUCUACUACAGAGUCUAUUACACUAGAUAAAGAUGUUGUUACAGAGUCUGGAGUCUAGGGCUGGGCAGAAGACAGCAUUUAGUUUGGAAUUUCUUUGGACUUUUCUGGAGCAUUGCAGUCAGUGUUUAUCCUGUUGAUUUUGGUCUGACGGCUGGUGAACUCUUGUUGGAGCUCAGGGUUCCCGUGAUACCCUUUAGCAUUAAUACUCUGGGGCUCGGGGGAUUCCUCGGAGCCCUCCAGCCCUUGGGUGCUGCCCACCAGGGUCACUAAUGGAUGCUGAAGUUCCAGGAGCUGCGUGUUAAAUCUUUAAGGUCUCCAGAAUAAAACCUCCCCACGUUGACCCCACCUGGCUGAUGGUGAGUCCGUUGCUGCCUGCUCCAUGUGUCUUACGAGAGCCCGUAGUUACAGGGACCGCUGAUGCGACGGCCUCAUGUCAGUAGUCUGCCUGAGGUGCAGCUGACUUUGAUGAAGGUCAUUUUAAAACUUAAAAACUUAAGACCUCACAGAUGAUCGUAGACAGAUUGCCUCAAUUCAGUUUUGUUCUGAAUGACACAGAUUGUUUUUGCUUUGAGUGCAGCUGUUCACAGUUGUAGUACAGAGAAUUACUUUCUGAGAUAAUCUUAAGAAUGUUCAAAGCUGAUUGAUAAUUGAACUAUCAAGACACCUCGAACACCUCAGACAUCCGUCUCAGCAAGCCUGUGCUUGGUCCUUUGCUCUUCCUCUGGUACUCACUCUACCAAGUAACAAAAGCAAAAUUAACUCAUUUUUGUUUCAAUUGGGCUUUGUAGAGCAUCUCAAAUUAAAACCGUUUUCUACACAAGCAUAUAGGUAGGGGUUUUGUAAACUCAAAUUGGCACCUACUGAAGUAAAAUAUAUAAAAUCACUUAAAUGUAAUUUGCUGUGUGGGGAAUAACAUUGCACUAAAUGGAAAUCACUGCCAGAGACAGUCCAUUUUCUUUUCAUGUGUUAAUACUUAGGCACAGACCCUAUACGAUUCCAGUUUGGAAUUGCUUACUAGAGAGAAUUGGAAAUGCAUAUGCCCAUGCUUAAAUUUUUUUUAUAGCUUUAAUCUGUAUUAUGUCUUUAUAGCUGGGAAGAGGUACACUUUUGUUUUCCUUACUGAAAACAAAUAUGGAUUAAUUGCCUCACGUUUGUAUAAGUGAUCGACUAGUGUAGAGAUUCUUGUUUUCAGAAGGGAGGGUGGUACAGCUAGAAAGCGACAAAGACGGCAAUACACACGUAAUGUUACUGUACGUUGUUACUGAAAUAUUUAGAUUUUUACAAUUUCAAAUCAUACAUCACUUCUCGUAGGAGGGUCUCCAUUGAUUAGCUGCGUUAUAUACAGUUCCCUGCAUAAGGGCCUGUUGGUUUCUGUGUGCUGCAUUUCUGUUUUUUAAUACCUGGUUUUGUACAUACCUAACUCUGUUCUCUUUUGGUUAUUUGGAAACUGGAUUAUUUUCUCUCCUAAACAGUGCUUAAUUUGUGUUUUUAAAUUUUGAUUCACUAGUUCCAGCUCAGAGGUGUCCACACUGUUCUGUCCAGAACACUUUCAGGCUCUCCGUCAGCUCUCGUGUAUAUAUGAUAUAGAAACCAUGGCGUUAGGCACUUCUUGGCUUUUUUUCUUUUUUUUUUUCUAAUGAGAAAAUACUGUAUUUAAAAUGUAAAAUAAACUUUUAAAAAGCAGGCACUAAUAUAUAUUUCUUCCAGCCUUUGAUUACAGAUGUGUCCUUGCACAUGUGUUAAGGUGAAUUAUCUUCUAAAAAUAUCAUUGUUCUCGGGAGCAGUGUAUGUCACUUUACAUAAGCAGUGGUUCCUGUCAUGUGCUCAUGUCAGAACAUUUUUUGGUUUUAAACUUUUUUAUUGCCUUUGGCUGUUGAUUAGUACAGUACAAGUGCGAUUUCAAAAAGAUCUUGAGAAUAAUAUAUUUAAUCAAUUAAAAUGUUUAUCUGUAA